GUCCCUUCCAGCCGCCCCGUCUCGGAGCUUGCUGGCAGUAGGGCACGCGCGGCCUUCUCAUUGGCCCGGAGGACACCCGCUCCAGACCCGGAGACGCAGACACGGGCCACGGGGCUGCCAGAGCCGAGCGCGGGGAAGAGCUCGCCGCCGCCCGGUCACUGGCUGGCCGGGAUCCGGGCAGGCCGCGAGAAACUCGCUUCACAAUACCUAAGACCUCAAGAGAGACAAAGGGUCAAGUACCUCACUCCACCUUAUCUAAGAACAGCAAGACAGUCAUCAGGACAAGAGUGAAUAUAUGAAGGAGGAAGUGGGGGAAUCUGCUGAAGAUGAGGCGACUGAAUCGGAAGAAGACCCUGAAUUUGGUGAAAGAGUUGGAUGCCUUUCCAAAGGUUCCUGAGAGCUAUGUAGAGACUUCAACAAGUGGUGGAACAGUUUCUUUAAUAGCAUUUACAGCUAUGGCUUUAUUAACCAUAAUGGAGUUUAUGGUGUAUCGAGACACGUGGAUGAAAUAUGAAUAUGAAGUAGACAAGGAUUUUACUAGUAAAUUAAGAAUCAAUAUAGAUAUUACUGUUGCCAUGAAGUGUCAAUACGUGGGGGCUGAUGUUUUGGAUUUAGCAGAAACAAUGGUUGCCUCUGCAGAUGGUUUAGUUUAUGAACCAGUAAUAUUUGAUCUCACUCCCCAGCAAAGAGAGUGGCAGAGGAUGCUGCAGUUAAUUCAGAGUAGGCUGCAGGAAGAACACUCCCUUCAAGAUGUGAUAUUCAAAAGUGCUUUUAAAAGUGCUUCAACAGCACUGCCACCAAGGGAGGAUAAUUCAUUACUGCCUCCAGAUGCAUGCAGAAUUCAUGGUCAUCUAUAUGUCAAUAAAGUGGCAGGAAACUUUCACAUAACUGUGGGCAAGGCAAUUCCUCAUCCCCGAGGCCAUGCACACUUGGCAGCCCUUGUGAGCCACGAUUCAUACAACUUCUCUCAUAGAAUAGAUCACUUGUCUUUUGGAGAGCUCAUUCCAGGAAUUAUUAAUCCUUUGGAUGGGACAGAAAAAAUUGCAUCAGAUCACAACCAGAUGUUCCAAUAUUUUAUCACAGUCGUGCCAACAAAACUCCAUACGUAUAAAAUUUCAGCAGAAACUCACCAGUUUUCCGUGACAGAAAGGGAAAGAGUGAUUAACCAUGCAGCUGGCAGCCAUGGGGUAUCCGGGAUAUUCAUGAAAUAUGACAUCAGUUCACUUAUGGUGACAGUAACAGAAGAACACAUGCCCUUUUGGCAGUUCAUAAUAAGACUCUGUGGUAUUAUUGGUGGAAUUUUCUCAACUACAGGCAUUUUACAUGGCAUUGGAAGAUUCAUAGUGGAAAUUAUCUGCUGUCGUUUCAAACUGGGCUCUCACAAACCUGUCCUACUUCCGGAUGGCCACAUAAACAACCACUUACCUCUAAUUACAGACAACAGUAUGCAUUAGCACCUCAUUGGGAAACUUUUUUUCUUUCUUUCUGCCUGAUACAGAAGACAAUUUUUAUAAUAAAGAAAACAUUGUGCAAUAUGUUGAGACAGUGCUCAUGGGAAGCAAAAAUCAAGCCUUUUAAAAAAACAGUCUGUGUAAUUUGUCUCUUUUAAGUGCACAUGGAGUCGAAGGAGGCCAGAAAGCCCCGUGAAGCCAACCUCUUCUUGAGCUAGCAGAAGCAUUACUGAAGAGAGACAAUAUUUGCAGUGAAACUGAGUGUCUUUGCAAAAACUGCCAUCAGCACUGAAGUGUCAGUGUAGUGAUCUGGAUUCCAGGCCUGUGAAGUCAGGCAAACACCUAUGAAAGCUAACACAUAUGCAGAAUGCAGAGAGAGCCCCAUGCAGUGUUCAGCGUGCAGUACAGCAAGCAAGGGUGGCUGUGAUAAUUGUAGUUUAAGAAGCCAGGAUUUGCUGCUAGGUUUUCAGAAAUGGGACAUGAGAUUUUUUUUUUUUUUAGGCUUAGAUACGAUGCUGAUGGAGGUGGGGGGGCACUAUUGAAAACCCUGAAAUAGAAGUGGUCUCAGGGACUGAGACAGAGCCAUAGCACUUUCAGCAGUCACUGCCAUUCUCCAGUAGCACCGUUAUUUAUCUACAAGAGGAAAAAGUGCUGCAGAGCAGGGAAUAUGGCAUUUCUCUGUCUCUCUCUUCUCACAGCCACUUUUUGCCAACAAUCCGAUUCUCUCCGAGUUUGAGCCAAGGAACCAGGAAUAGUAAGUCACUGUUGAAAAGGUGUUUGAGUACACAGAGUAUAGGCUGAUUUGUACCACCCUGAUUUUUGUAAAGCUAAUGCCUCUCUAAGCUGUGAGAAUUGUCCGGAAGAGUAUUAAAUAAAGAGUGGGAAGGGAAGAACCUGUGCAUAGUUUGUUUGGUUGAUUGAAAAAGUCCCAAAUUUAAGGAAACUAGUUCAUCUGAGGACGGAGGUAAAGUUUUGUCAUAGAUUAAAACUGACUGAGAUGGGAAACAAAGGUCUUGGCUACUUUAAGCAAGGAAACCAUCACAUACUGACUGAAUUAAGUGGCAUGGUGCAUCACGUGUCCUUGCAACCAUGUAGUGCAUCCACACAGUAACGCUGUUCUUGGUGGAACCAAUCUAGUGCAUUCACAUGAGUCUUGAAUUGCAACUGUGAUACCAGAGCAUUCCAUCAUAUAGUGCCCAGCACCUUUGCUAGGAGCAGGGGCUUUUGGGGUAACUUUCAGAUACGAGGCACUGCAUUGUGGGAUGGAGUUAGAGGCAGUUGUACCAUUGUAGCUGCCAUGCUUGUUGCUACAUGUCCGUACUGGGGUGAAGCCAUUAUAGUCUGCGCCAACUCAUUUGGAUCUGAACUGAAGGUCUUGUACCAAGUGUUGCAGCUAACUAACUUUGCAGCCACACCCUGGACAGCUGUUCUGUGUGGAUGCAAGAAGGUACAGAAGGGUUGCAAGCAUAAGCCAGCUUAUUACAAUAAUUUCUUGUAAUGCUUCAUUGCUUUGUGUAGCUGGGCAUAAAAGUAGGGCUAAGUGUAAGAGGGUGGCUUCCCAGUGAACAGUAUGAAUGCUAGCGUUGUUCAGUAUGUAUUCUGGAAGGUAGGUUGGACAGGAAACUAGUGAAGUUGCAUCUUAAAUAUAACUUCGCUUGAAUUAGUCAAGUUUAGGGAAGAUUGUGACCAAAGAAAGAUAUAAAAUGCGUAUUUGGACAGUGUGAUGUAUGGUGACAGUUACCAUAAACAAGUGUAAGGAAACAUCCACAGGAGGGAAUAUUUAAACCAUUCAGAGAGUCAUUCAUUCUGAAUUUGUUAUUUCUUUGUAAGUUCUUCAGCUCCAACUUCCCUCAAGCCAGCGUCUUCAGCCGCUGCCACUCUAGCAGACUAUUCUCCCUCCUGCUUCUGCUUGCACUGGUUCUAAUGACCAACAUUUUUGCUGGUCUCUGCUGAAUGCUCUCCAGAUUGUCCACAUUGUUCAUAGUGUAGUGCCCAAAUACUAGAAACAAUACUCCAGCUGACGCUUCACCAGUGCCAAGUACAACAGGACAAUUACCUCUUGUAUCUUACAUAUGAUACUCCUGUUAAUACACCCAGAAUAUAAGCCUUUUUUGCAGUUGCAUCACUGCAGCUGGGUGGGAGGGAUAGCUCAGUGGUUUGAGCAUUGGCCUGCUAAACCAAGGGUUGUGAGUUCAAUUCUUGAGGGGGCCACUUAGGGAUCUGGGGCAAAAUCAGUACUU